CUCUGACCGCUGCGAAGUCGGGACUCGGAACCGCCUCCACCGGUCCCCCUUUUGGGCCACUGAACCGCCUCCGACAUCGGAGAUCGAAGUUUCUGAUUUCUACGGUGAACGGGGGAUGAGUUAUAGUUCUGUCAUGGAAUCAAAUCGCCAGCGAACAAGACGGCGGAGGACGAAGCAGGAGGAGAUGGUGAGGGAAGCAAUUUGGUCUUCGAUUCGGGGGCAUUCUUGUCCGAUAUGUUUCAGAAACCUCGAAGAUCAUUAUAGGGAAGUUGCGAUUCUCUCCGUGUGCAUGCACGCCUACUGCAUCGAAUGUAUUCGCAAAUGGAGUGGCUUGAAAAGAAAGUGUCCUCUCUGUAAUGCAAACUUCAGCUCCUGGUUCUGUAAACUCAGUCUUUCCUCUGGAGAGUUCCACAAAGAGGUGUUGCCCUUUGAGGGUUUGACCAGGAAUUCUCAUCGAGAAAGUGUCUCAGCCCGUACAGCUGCUCCUAGACUUAUUCGUAGAACAAGAGUUGCUUUAGAUGAAAGGCGAACUAGGGCACUACCAUGGCGGCGAUCAUUUGGACGUCCUGGACAUGCGAGUCCAGAAGUUGCUGCUCAGAGGAAACUUGAUUGGCGUGCUAGCAUAUACAAGAAGCAUCUGAAGGCUGUUCCUUUAAGCUCUAGCUAUCUUGAGCAGAUUAAAUCAAGAAAUAGUUUUUCAAGAGAAAAAACAUUACAAAAGAUUGAGCCAUGGAUACGGAGGGAGCUACAAGCUGUGCUUGGCGACCCAGAUCCAACUGUUAUAGUUCAUGUGGCAACCUCACAGUACCUUGCAUGGCUGGAAGAGAGAGUUAGUUCUGGACAGCUUGAUGUUGAAGAGAGGUUUAUAUCACCACUGCGUCCUUUCCUGCAAGAUAAAGCCAGGAUCUUUUGGCAUGAAUUAAGGUGUUAUGCUGAGGGUUGCUACAAUAUUGAAACAUAUGAUGCUGUGGUUGGAUAUAGAGACCUGGAGUGAGUGAGGAGAGAAUGCCUCUACUACUAUUCAUCUAUCAGUGUGGGAGGAUGGAAAUUGUGGUGACACAUUCUUCCAGAGAUCAUGCCAAAAUAGGAAUCUGCUUGUACUUCUACCCAGCCGAUUCCUGCUUCUUAAGAUGCAUUUCAUUGGCAUUUGCUUGAGAAUUCCAGUUGGAUGGAAAUCGGAGGUCGUGGAUCCAAUCUGUCUCAGCUACUUCGAAGCCGGCUUCUAGUCUCAAGAUCGACCGUCUCUUCAGCUCUUUGUAAUCCUCCUUUUCACGGGCGCCUUGUUCUUGGGCCGCGUAUUGUCUCCUUUCCUCAGGCUUCAUAAGUGCACUUUGCUGCAUGAGAUAAGAGAUAUUGGAUCAUUUACGCGUCCCCUGAAUCAGAUCGGCAGGAACUAAUACUUUUGGUACAUUGACAAUUGUUGCUGUGGUGAUUUUUGUUGUUUAAUGAGGAUCUAAGCCUUGAACAACUGUACAUGAUCAAUGGAUUUGUCGCACCGUUUGUGAUACAAUUUAAUGAAUCGUUUUUAUUAUCGCUGGGUCAGUUUCGUUGAUAA